AUGCUCCACGGCGUCAGGUUCCUGCGCUCCGCCGUCGCCGCCUUGGCCCGCCUCGCGCACGCGCUCAUCAUCAUCCGCAGCAGACUCCUCCGCCUCAUGCCCCUCUGCUCCCCGACGUCGACCUCGGCGAUCCCCGCGCCAUGGCAGCAGCCGGCGGCGGCGAGGGCGGCGUCGCCCUGCGGCAGCAAGAAGGCGCACCCACCGGUGGGGACGGCGCUGAUGGCCCUCGAUGACCCCAACAAGGACCAGCUGCAGGCGCUGUCGUCGGCGCAGACACCAGUGGUCGUCGUCGUUGUUCCGGCGCUCAAGCAGCAGCAACAGGCGGGCGAGAGAGCUGUGGAGACGAAGACGGCGGCGGCUUCCAAGGCGGCGAGGGGAAGGCGGCCGCCCAGGCUGGCCAUACCGGCGCCCAUGGCUUGCGCUCCCGGGGUCGACCCGUUCGGCGCGGUGGCGGACCUGGAUGCAGAGGUGGCCACCGAGCUGGAAGUGCAGGGCGAGGGGUUCUGCCUGGCCAGCAGGAGAGGGGUGAGGCACGCCAUGGAAGAUGGCUAUGGGGUCAUCACUGAUCACACCGUUCAAGGAGCCUCCCAAUUGGCGUUCUACGGUGUGUACGACGGGCACGGUGGCCGGGCGGCCGUGGAUUUCGUUGCCGACAAGCUCGGCAAGAACGUCGUCGCCGCACUCGCCGCCUCGACCACGGCGAGCCAGCAGCAGCAGCAGCAGGAGCUAUCGCCGUCGUCGUCGUCGACGCAGCUGCCCAAGACGAGUGCUGCUGUAGAAGAUGAGGCCGAGCAGGAGCAGGUUGACGCGGUCGUGGCGGCGAUCAGAGCGGCCUACCUGACGACGGACCGGGAGUUCUUGACCCAGGGUGUACGCGGCGGUGCAUGCGCGGCGACGGCGCUGGUGAAGGACGGUGAGCUCUUCGUCGCCAACGUGGGCGACUGCCGCGCCGUCCUCGGCAGCCGCAGCGGCGUGGCGACCGCGCUGACGAGCGACCACACCGCCGCCCGCGAGGACGAGAGGCGCCGCAUCGAGAGCUCGGGAGGGUACGUGAGCUGCGGCAGCAGCGGCGUGUGGCGCGUGCAGGACUGCCUGGCCGUGUCGCGCGCGUUCGGAGACGCGUCCAUGAAGGCCUGGGUCACCUGCGAGCCGGAGGUGUCGCGGCGCCGCCUCACCCCGGACUGUCGCUUCCUCGUCGUCGCGUCCGACGGCCUCUGGAACAAUGUGUCCUGCCAGGAGGCCGUCGACGUCGUCGUCUCCGCCGCCGCGGCAGGAACUGCAUCCUCCGUGGGAUCGUGCAAGGAGCUAGUCGCCUUGGCCAGGAACAGAGGGAGCCGGGACGACAUCACCGUCAUGCUUGUCGAUCUGCAGCAAUUCAUUUCACAGUGA